GCCUGAAGGCUUAAGCUUCCCUCCAUCAUCAAUCAUCAUCAUCGCUCUAAUAUUCCACCAACGAACUACUCUUCACACAUAACCCGCCAAAAGUCCCACUUUCACAUAUUGACCUGGACCUACAAAUUAUUGACGCUUUUCUCCCAUUAUAUCACAAGUUAGAAAAAAAGUCCAGGAAUUAUGGCGGACGCAGCUCUGAAGCCCGAGAAGGACUUUAGUAAGGAAGCUGAUGUACAAAUCAGCGAAGCAGAGAAGCUUGCUCAGAAUGAUGUCCAAGCAGCUAUCGAGAAACUCACCAUCUUCGAGAAGCAAACCCGACAGGCUUCCGAUCUCGCCUCCACAUCCCGGACCUUAAUUGCGAUAUGUACAAUCUGCAAAAAUGCAGGAAACUGGAGUUUACUCAACGACCAGGUCUUGGUCCUCUCCAAGAAGCAUGGCCAGCUCAAACAAGCCAUCACCAAGAUGGUUCAGACCGUUAUGGGUUUCCUCGACGACACCCCGAACCUGGAAACUAAGCUAUCAGUAAUCGAGACCCUACGCACCGUAACAGAGGGCAAGAUAUUCGUCGAGGUUGAGCGAGCUCGCGUGACCAAGAUUCUGUCGGACAUCAAGAAGCAGCAGGGAGAUCUGAAGUCCGCUAUGGACAUUCUCUGCGAAUUGCAAGUUGAGACCUUCGGUUCAAUGGCGAGGCGGGAAAAAACAGAGUUUAUACUUGCCCAAGUCGCUUUAUGUAUUGAGAAUGGCGACUGGACACAGGCUGGCAUUCUUAGUCGCAAGAUCAGCACCAGAUAUCUGUCUCGUAAGCCGAAGAAGACGGCGGAGCAGCUGGAGAAGGAGAAGAAGGCUCGCGAAGAGAAGCUGAAGCGUGGAGAGGAGGUCCCCCCGGAAGAGGAGGAUGACACCACAGACCUAAAACUCGCCUAUUACGAACAGCAGAUCACCCUUGCAAAGCACGACGACAAGUACCUCGAUGUCUGCAAACAUUACAGACAAGUGCUGGAUACCGAAGCUGUGGAGGAGGACCCCUCAAAACUACAACCCGUCCUGCAACGUAUCAUCUAUUUCGUUAUACUUGCUCCUCAUGACAAUGAGCAGCAUGAUCUUCUUCACCGCAUCUACCGCGAUAGCCGAAACGCUCAGGUUCCCGUCGAUGCGUCGCUUCUCAAAUUAUUUACAGUGCACGAACUUAUGCGAUGGCCCGAAGUUGCGAAGCAAUACGGCCCCCAUUUAUGCGCGACCGACAUCUUUGACGAACGUCCCAACCAGUCAGGCGACGAGAAGGCCUACCAGCGAUGGCAGGACCUUCGCAAACGUGUUAUCGAGCACAACGUUAGAGUUAUCGCAAAAUACUACACUCGUAUCGGCAUGAAGCGCCUAACUCAGCUACUGGACUUGACCGAGGAUGAGACAGAGAAGUAUAUCAGCGAGCUCGUGUGCUCCAAGACCGUGUUCGCCCGUAUUGAUCGGCCCGCACGUAUAGUUAGCUUCGCCAAACCUAGAGACGUCGAUGACAUCCUUAAUGAGUGGAGCCAUAAUAUGAAGAGCCUGCUCGGCCUGUUGGAGCGUGUGGAUCAUCUCAUUACCAAAGAAGAGAUGAUGGCGAGGAUCCAGCCCGGCGCAAAGGAGGGUAAGGAGAAGAAGGGUAAGAAAAAGGCAUGAUAGACGGCUUUAUGAAAACUUCUGUUUUUGUUUUUCGGGGGAGUAAUUCUUUCGGAUCCGAAGAGUGACUUGGUUUCGAGAGAAGCCGCACCGCGCGGUACAGUACAGUACAGCACAGCACAGGUUCGCAUCAAAAGCAUGCGAAUGUACAAUACUUAGAUUAGGAGGUACAUAAUGCCCGUAAAGAACUGGUUU